AUAAUAAUAAUAAUAAGUUUUUAAAAAUAAAUAAACAAAAAUGCAAAAUAAUUAAAAAUACAAUGUUUGGAACAAUUUGGAUAUCAGUGAGAAAUUCUAGAAAUCAAAAUAUAAAUAAUCAACGCAUUAACAGGAGGUAUUUGCGUGAUUCUACUAAUUGCAUGGAACUUACAGAUGAACGGUCAGUUAAAUAUCAAUAUUUCAAGAGAUAUUUUUUAAUGCAUAUGAUAUUUUUUAAUGCAUGUGAUUCUACUAAUUGCAUGGAACUUACAGAUGAACGGUUUGUGGCCAAUUUUCGAGUAAGUAAAGAAGUAUUUCUCAUGUUGCUACAAGAAAUGGAGCCAAAGAUGAAAAUGCCAUAUCGAAACACCCACAUUCCUGGUCAUAUUAAGCUAGCAACAUUCUUGUCGUUUGUUGCUACUGGGGGUAACCAAAAUUGUGUCGGAAAUGAAGUAACAUCUUCGAUUUCAAAGUCAAAGGUCUCCGUUAUAAUUAAUGAGUGUCUCAAUAUAUUUGAUAAUUAUUUAUGUCCGAAAUGGAUUAAUUUGGAAAAGUCGGCCAAUGAAGAAAGCGAAACAAAAGAAUGUUUUUAUAGAACUGGUGGUAUACCCAGCGUAAUCGGACGUGUUGAUGGAACGCAUGUCCGAAUUAAAUCCCCGGGAGACGACUUAAAACAUCUUUAGU